AUGAGUCGGGUGGCAGCGUCGGAGAUUACGCUCCCACCGAGAUCGGCUAAACGAAGGCAGAAGAACAACGACCCAGGAGAAUGCACCCGCCCUUUCCUCUUCUCCCGCCUCCCGCCCGUCCAUGAGCACCGGCGCCACCCUCUUUUCUACCCGCGCGCGCUGUACGACUUCGACACCGCGGACCCGUCCUGCAUCUCGUUUCGCACCAACGACGUACUCGAGAUCCUCCGCACCGACACCGGCGCUGCCAACUCAGAUGGCUGGUGGGACGUUGCUGGAUCCCGUCCAACCACGUCGACGUAG